CUCUCGUUUACUCGUCCUGAGAACAGCAAAGAUGGCGAACAUGGACGUAGAGGACUUCAUUCAGCAGAACAGAGCUCUGGCCGACCAGGUGGACACGUUUCGGGGUUACUGGGAGAGCGAGAAGCACUGGCAGGCCCGGAGAGAGUUCCUCCUGCGGAACAUCAGCGACUUCGAGGACCCGCAUCUGGACCAGCUGGUCUCUCUGUCCAUGGUCUGGGCCAACAACGUCUUCCUCGGCUGUCGGUACAGCACAGAGCUGCUGGAGAGAGUGAAUGAAAUGGCUGAAGGCGUCGUGGUGGAGGACGCACCGAUCUUCAAGACGAGAGACGAGAUUAUGAAGAAGCAACAGGGUCGAUGACCGGCUCAGUGGUGUUGGAUAAAGCCUGAAGACCGACGGGACUCUGCUGUUGUUUACAUACAAACUGAGCUCGGAGCACAUGUCACGUGUUUUUUUUUUACAUGUUUUAUGAUGAACGUGUUAACAUCUUAAAUGUUUUAUCAAAAUCAGAAAGACUGUGUGACUCAGCUUUUACUUGUGGAGAGACAGCCAAGAUGUUUUUAGCAGUGUGGGAGCUUCACUGCUCGUACAUUUUUACACUAUUGUUUUACUUUUUUUUAAAGCGUACUCAUCGUUUUAUGUAUUGUUUUUUAAUAAAUUCAGAUGAAAGAUGACGUUUGGUCUUUUC